AUGGCGUCUCCGGCGCAUUAUAGGGGCGUAAGGAAGAGGCCGUGGGGGCGUUACGCGGCGGAGAUACGUGACCCAUGGAAGAAAACCCGUGUUUGGUUAGGGACGUUUGACACCCCUGAAGAAGCUGCUUUGGCCUACGACGGCGCCGCCCGUUCUCUCCGUGGUCCGAAAGCCAAGACCAACUUCCCAUCCCCGCCGUCUUCUCCGCCAUCUUUGUCACUUGACCUGAAUAGCUUUCCGUCCAAUCACCAUAACCACCACCAGCAUAUCAGGUGGGUGGCUGCACCACCGACACGGCAAGUGAUGGUUGGAAGGGAGUUGGAGUUGCUUCAUAGUGGAGUGGUCAGAGAUCGCCACCACGGUGGUGCCUGUUGCUCGGCCAUUUUGGUGGGCAAUGGUGGAGGAGCCGGUGGACGUGCGGUGGAGGAGGGUAGUUCAGAUGAGAAAACGGCGGGGUUUUUUGGGAUUGUGAGACGUGGAUUGGGUAUAGAUUUGAACGAGCCUCCACCCAUUUGGCUGGGAGAUGCAUCGUAG